UUAUAUUAAAAAUAAUUUAGCAAACAUGCAUAUGUGGUAUUAUUGGAGUACAGAUGUGAAAAAUUUUCUAUUCGAAGGAUAUAAUAUAACGAGUGGUUUUGGUUUAUUUGCAACAUGUUUAAUGUUAUGUGCGUUCGCGAUUUUCUUUGAAUUUAUGAAAGUGUUAAAAGCUCGUUUAAGACAAAGUGAAUUACGUAAACGACAACAGAAUUUACGAAGUAUUUGUAACAAUAAAGAGGAAAUAUCGUUAAUGGGUGGAAGAAAUAAUGUUUCUCCAGUACAUAAAUACGUAAUAUUUUGUAAUGAAUUUUCAUUAUGGUUUUUUCAAGAAAUAAUUGGUUAUGGCUUAAUGUUAUCCGUAAUGAUGUAUAAUGGCUACAUGACUAUUGCUGUUGGAAUUGGUGCUGGUAUUGGUUACUUUUUAUUUGGACAAACGUUAUUAAAAAUUAAUAAAGAGAAUUGUGCAGUGAAGAAAGAAAGUUUAUGUUUUAUGACAUGCCACGAAAAUGAUAAUGCUGGUUUAAUAGUGAAUGCUGAACAGAAUCCGAACUCAACCGUAAAUAAUUCUAUCGAUGAAUCGAUGUCUUCUCAAGAGCAUAUUGUUACUGUUCACAAUCACUCGAAUAUGAAUGUCGCUUAAUGAAUCAAGUGAUGCAAUCUCGAUCUUGAUAUUGUAAAUCAAUAAAAUCAAUAUUUUUAUUAAA